GGACAACCAACAGGUUAGCAACCAACCCUUUCUUCUUCCGCCAUUUCUUAGGUUACUUACCACGUGUCUUAAGUUUUGUCUUUUCAGUCGUGUUGUUGGUCAACGUAUCAACGAUAUAGUUGAUACAUUUACAGUAGAAUGGCGGAUAAAACUUCUGAUGAUGCUGUAAAGCAUUUUCAUGAAAUGGGACUAGAUGAUCGAAUACUCAAAGCAAUCGCAAAACUUGGAUGGAUUGAGCCUACUGCUAUUCAAGAAAAAGCAAUUCCAUUAAUUUUAGAAGGGAAAGAUGUACUUGUUAAAGCUAGAACAGGAUCAGGGAAAACAGGUGCAUUUGCAGUCCCUAUAAUCCAAAAGAUACUUUCUGUUAAACAGGAUAGUAAUGUAACUGGAGUACUGGCACUAAUUUUAGCUCCUAGUAAGGAACUCAGUCGUCAAAUAUAUAAUAACUUCCAACAGUUACUGAUAAAAUGUUCUCAAGAUAUUAAAGUUGUGGACAUUUCUCCUCAGGUUGAAGUUGGAACCCAGCGUGCUGUGCUGAAGGAUCAUCCUGAAAUAGUUGUUUCUACACCAGGGAGGGCUGUGCUUCAUUUAAAAGCUGGAAAUUUUUGUCUUGAUCCUUCUCUCAAAGUUCUCGUUAUUGAUGAGGCUGAUCUAGUGUUUUCGUUUGGCCAUGAAGAAGAUAUUAAAGAACUAAUGAGACAUCUUCCUAGGGUUUAUCAAGCUAUUCUUGCAUCUGCCACUCUAACCGAUGAAGUGUCAAGCUUAAAAGGACUACUUCUGCACAAUUGUGUUUCCUUGAAAUUGCAAGAGCCCGGUGUUGCUCCAAUAACUCAAUUAUUCCAUUACAAAUACUUUGCCGAAGAGAAAGAAAAAGCACUUAUACUUUAUGCACUUUUUAAACUUGGCCUUAUUAAAGGAAGAAGUAUAGUUUUUGUAAAUACAGUCAACAAGUGUUAUAAGUUGAAAUUGUUUCUUGAACAAUUUGAAAUUUCUACAUGUAUAUUAAAUUCAGAGUUACCAGCUGUCUCACGAAUCCAUGCACUUUCACAGUUCAAUGAUGGAAAAUAUAGCAUAAUUAUUACGUCAGAUGAAACUGAAAAUCUUAACAAUACUAAUGAAAAAAAACACAAAGAUAACCACCCGACUAAGGACAAAGAGUCAGGAAUUUCCAGGGGUAUUGACUUCAGAGAUGUAUCUAAUGUGAUUAAUUUUGAUUUUCCCAAAUCAGUGAACAGCUACAUUCAUCGGGUUGGAAGGACAGCCAGGGGAACAACAAAGGGUACAGCAGUAUCUUUAGUGAGUGUUAAAGAAAAAGAACUUUUAGAUGAAGUUGACAAUUUUUUAGCGGAAAGACUUUCUAUUAGGGGCCAACAUAUUUUCAGAGACUUCCAGUUUAAUAUGAAAGAAGUAGAAGGCCUACAGUACAGAGUGAAGGAAGCGUGGAAAGUUGUUACUGGUCUUGCUAUUAAAGAAACUAGACUUGCAGAAAUUAGAAGAGAACUAUUUAACAGUAAAAAGUUGAAGCAUUAUUUCAAGGAUAAUCCUCGAGAUUGGGAAACUCUGCGACAUGACAAAGCUACUCAUGUCAUAAAAUUGGCAAGUCAUGUUGCAAAUGUUCCGGAUUACCUAAUUCCUACCUCACUUCGUUCUGAUCCAUCUCUUAUACGAACCAGAAAAAGGGCAAGACCACCAUCAAAAGCAGCAGGAAUGGUGCAGAAUAAAUACAAAGCAAAAAUGGAAAACCCUCUAGUCAAUUUAGAUAUUUUUGAAAAAAAUAAUGAAGAAAUGGAAGAGAUAACCGCAGGACCAAAAAAGAAAGAAUUUAAGUCUUAUCAAAAAAGAAAACGAAGAUAUUAAUAGACAAUUAUUAUUCAAUUUUGUAAAUAUAUUUUUCUUUUAUUUU